GACUAUGGGGAUUUUUACACUUGUGUCUGAAAAUGACAAACGCGUUUCAGUUUUACUGAAUUUGACAUUUCAAUUUAGUCUCUUUACUAUUUGUGGACUAUUCUAACAUGACCGUUAAGGCUGUUCACUGAUGGCCAAGAUACAGAACCGAUAUAUACACACAUUUGUAAUUAUGUUUAGGCUUUCAUGACUUGAUUACACUGAAAAAAGUGUAUCACAUUUAAGGUCUUAUCAGUUAAUAGUUUUUGGUUUGGACAAAACUAACAACAAUACAUUGAUAUUCUGCUGACUCUGUAGUGGCCUUAUUAUUUAAUCAAACUUACCUUUUCAUGUAAAAUAUUGGCCAUAACACCCUUCAUCAGCUAUAAUAAAGGUGAUAGGAUGUGAACACUGCCAUCUUCUGUUUAAAUAAAAUACUGCACACACUGUCACAUGAUCUGCUGUUCUUCCAAAGUUUUAAGAUGUGUGGAAUCCAUAAUUACAACAAUAAUAAUAAUGUUUAUUAAACUUUGUUUUGUUAUUUCCUACAUACAGCCUUUCAGCUGUAAAAUGGUUUAUUUUUCUUAAAAUAUAAUGGCUAUCUUUUUCAUGUAUGAAUGAGCAGCUUUCUUUUAGUGCAUUGUCUGUUGGACUGAGCUGAAUAAGGAUAUGUACAAAAGGUCAAAUAUCCCAGUGACGCUCUCAAUUGACAUUUUGAGCUGUCAUAGGAAGGAAAAGAUAACACAGGUGGAAUUUAUAAUAUCACAUUCAGUUUCCCAGUAAAUCAUGCCAGUGACAGCCUCUGAAGCUUGCUUAUGUAAAAUGGAAUGCAGCUGUUACUAAUGUUAAUGAUUACUCCUGUGUUUGUCCUGCUGUGACCUCAAACUGUCUGCAGUGAUAAAAGCUUAUGCAAGUGCUUCAUACCUUGCAUCUAAGACUCUCACUCUCACACAGGUGCUUGAGGUGUUUUUUAUUUGAUCUCUGGGAGAUUGAAGUUGGGUGGAGUUGGUAUUUAUUGUAUAAAUAAGAUGAUUAAGGUGUGAGUUGUCCUGUGCAACAACACUAACAGGGAUUUAAAAAAGAUAGGCAGCACUGGAAAUAAAAACACAGACAGAAAAUGUCUUUAGUUUCUUUCCCCAGGCCAUCAGGGCAAUGAACUGCUUCCACAAGCUGCCCCUCAUUCCUCCAGUCAGGGAUUAAAAUGGAUGAGAACUGAAUGCUAAAUGCACAUGCACUUUACACUUUAAGUAAAUCAAGCACUAACUUAUGCUGCUCUUAUGUUUUUUAAAUCGUGUUCACUGUCUUGUUUUUUUCAAAUGUGUUUAAAUGUCUCUUUUAUUUUGUUCAUUUUCUUUUUAUGAGUGACUGUUCACAAUGUGACUGUCUGUUGUUUGAACAUCAUGAAUCUGGGGAACGGUAUCUCGCUUCUGUAUAUGCUGAAGGUGUAUGAUGGAAGUGACAAUAAACUGAACUGAACUGCACUGAUAAGGAGACACAAUUAAAGAAAUAAAAAACAAGCAAGGGGAACUGAUUUCAAAAGAGAUAUUUCUAGGAAUCAGUUAUGUAACCAUUGAAAUUCAAAGCAUUGUCAACUUAAGAAAUCUACCUCUAAGUUUUUCCUUUGGGUGACGUGAAUCAAACAGGCUGCACAGAACAAGUCAUGAGAAAAUGUCGAGUCAGCCACGCAAGCGAACAACUGGGUGGACCAUGGAACGGGUGUAGUCUCAAUAGAUUCAACUUUUUUUGUAUGUUAAACACAGGUAAUGUAAUACAAUAGAUAUGACAGAGCUAAGAUUGUUUUUUAAGUUAGAAAGCUACAAAUUAACCAUUACAACUAUUUUUGAUUGACUGAGUUGAACCUCACUCACAACUCUGGUCAAACCAGCUGCGUCUAAAUUUAGAGUGCGCGCAUAUUCUCAGUUAUAUGCAUUUAAAUGGCCCGGAGCAGCUAAGAGAAACUUCCUUUUGUGAGACGUCUCACUUUACACCAGUCAAGGCUAUGACUGUAUGACAUCUUUAUUGUACCCAUGCACACCAAAUACAGUAAAGUAUAUCAGAUUGUGUAGCACUUGCUGCAAGGAUAGGCUACACCUGACUACAUCUUUGGAAGUGCUCCAUUGUAGCCCUCCUGGCAGAGAAUGAAUUGUUUGAACGUUUCAUCAGCCGCCUGGAUCCACAGGACCUGGUGUCCCAGCCUUCAGGAGAGGGCCCAGGGCCAACAGGAGCCUCCCAGCUGGAGGGUGGGGGUCGUGGACGGAGGCGAAGGUCUCGAUCCAACAUGUCAGAUCGCCUCCUGCAGCUGACCCUGGAACAAAAGCUUUAUGUGGCACAGAGAGAAGUAACAGAGACACAACAAGACCAGGAGAAACUUAAACAAAGAUAUGACAGAAUUCAGGACAGCUACAAGGCCUCCUUAAAAGAGGCACAACAACGUCUAGAAGAGAUCCAGAAGGCCAAGAAGGAGUUUGAACGCAGACUGCUCAAACCUAAGAAUGAGAGCAAAUUGGAGAUGAAGGAGCCUGAGAAGGUGCUCCAGUACAUUGUGGACAAGUUAAAGGUCACCCAGCUGGAGAAGUUUAACCUGAAGAACCAAGCACUGAAGGCCCAGGAGAAGAAGCUCCAGCAGCAGCUUCAGCAGAAAAAAGAGCUGGGAAAAGCUGAGUAUGAGGACAUUUUCCAGGCGUACAGCGAGCAGAGAAAUUACAAAAACCUGGAUGAACUUCAAGUUAACAAUCUCAAAGUACAGCGUAUCCUCAGUUCACACAAGGAGAAGCUGCAGAGUGUGACAUGGGAGUCUACAGAGCUGAGCAAUGACAUCACUAAAAGGAAGCAGAUGCUGGCAAAAAUUGAGCAGGAAAUACAUCAAGCUGAGGAGGAGCGUUUAAAGGCAGAGACCCUAAACCAAAACCUGCGCCGUCAGAUGGCAGAUUAUCAGGCCCCUGAUAUCAUCGAGUACCUGCACGUCAAGGAUAAACAGAAGAAGCUGCGGCAGAGCAUUCACACAUGGGAAAGGAAGGUUGGGAUUGCCGAGAUGGCCUUGAAGUCCCACCCUAAAGCCUGGAACAAACAGAGAGCCACUCUUACUCCUGCAAACAGUGCUGAGGCUGGAGAACACCAAAUCCCAGUAAAGCUCCCAUAUAUAGCAGAACACGACACUUAGAGGAGUGGAGAAUCUGAAAACCAACUGGAUUAAUUUCGGAAUACAUUACAUCUAUCCCAAACUAUGGUGGCGAAUUCAGUUAAAAAUGCCCUGUCACCAUAUUACAAUUCUCAUGUAGUUAAUCAUUUGUGGUAAUAAUUAGAGAUUUUCUUGUAACGCUUAUUGGGAGAUGGGGAAAGAAAAGUAUGUACUAUUGACUUAAAGCUUUCAUCCUUAUCAAGUAUCUUUCUUUCACUCAUACUGAGCAUGUCCUUGAAAUAUUUUUACUACACGCCAUUAUUAUGAAUAAAAUCUACUGUUUAAGUUCUGUAAAUGUAAAAACCAAGCUUAUCAAACUAUUUCUUAAAUAUUAGAAAAAUAUCUUUGCACAUCAAAUGAUACUAAAGAAUAAAAACAACUU